AUGAUUCAAUAUCCAACAAAUCAACAGAGCUAUGAACAUUCAGGUGGUGCUUCGCCAAUACAAUCCAGUCAACCAUAUCAACAAAAUUAUCUUUCAAAAGAAUUGAGCGAAGAAAACAAUAACCACAACUUUUUCCCAUUUGACUCUUUGGUAAAGAUUACAACCGACCCAUUCUCCAAAGGUAUCGAAUCUGGAGGCGCUGGAAAUAUACCCAUCUACUUAAACAAACCUUUGUUUGGAGGAAGAACUGCUGCUUUAGAAUAUUAA